AAUUUAUGUCUCGUGUCGCGGCACUUGAUUUUAGUGGCGAUACUAGGUUAUCCUACGACACUCUUUUUUCCGAUUAAAGAAGUCAAGGUAGUUAGCUGGGUGCAUUCCACUGAGUCUUCAGUACAUUUUCACCCGAUGUAUGCAAAUAUUGUCAACCUCGCAUGUCGUUGCGGCUUCUCUCCCCCAGCAUUUCUUUAUUAACAGUGCUCGCCUACUCCACGUUUCGCCGCGACACCAUCACCAAUUACCAGUUUUUUCGACCUCUCUCCACUCUGAAUACACUGCAUAAAUUUUUUCCCACCUCAACAUCAACCCACAUGUCUUACCCUGACGUGCUUAAGCGUGGAGAAGACUUCCUCUCUGAGUAUCCUCGAACCUCUCCCUGGUGGAACUAUGUCUCCCACGCCACGUGCUUCGGCAUGGUGUUGGGGUCCAAGUUCUUCCUUAAUCUUUUUUAUAACCCACAGGUGCAUAACAUCGAAAAACUCGACUGGGCACUAGAAAAGGCCCGCAAAGAAAACAGGGCUCUUCUCACUGUGAUGAAUCAUAUGUCGGUGGUGGACGACCCUGGGUUCUACUCGAUGCUUCCAAUGCGUUUUCAUACUGAUAUCGAUACAGUCAGAUGGGGCUUCGGCGCACACAAUAUCUGUUUUUCCACGCCAUCCAUGUCGUGGUUUUUCAAUUUGGGCAAAAUCUUGGGGACCAAAAGAUUUGGCGAGGGUCCUUUCCAGGGAUCCGUGGAUGCUGCUAUACGGAUUCUCAGCCCCGACGACACGCUAGACUUGGAGUUCUCUCCCUGGGUCAAAGAGAGGGAAAAGCCAUCUCUAGUGCAAGAAAUCAAUAACAUUGGCGGCUUGGUCUCCGAAAAGGUGGGGCAGGCCGUGCAGGCAGUCAAGCCCAAUGCUGAGGCCACCAAUAUUCUUAUGUCCAAAUCGCCGUUCGUUCGGUCAAAGACUUCGUGGUUCCAUGUGUUUCCCGAGGGGUUUGUCCUUCAGCUAGAAGAGCCUGAAAACAACUCGAUGCGGUACUUCAAAUGGGGAGUUUCUCGCUUGAUUUUGGAAAGUACGCGUACGCCCGUAGUUGUUCCUAUUUUCUCGCAUGGGUUCGAGAAAAUCGUCCCCGAAGAUAGCCCCAGUGACGGAUUUGACCGGUGGAUCCCCAAGAACAUUGGUGCCGAGAUCCAUGUGACUAUUGGUGAUGCCAUCAAAGACGAACUCCUUGAGAGCUACAGGAACGAGUGGAGAAAGUUGUGUGCCAAAUACACCGAUCCCAAAAAUCCCCAGGAUCUUUCGCCAGAACUCAUGAACGGCAAAAAGGCUCAGACUCUUCGAUCCAAGCUAGCCGCGGACCUUAGACGGCACGUGCUGGCCAUUCGGGAGGGGCUUGGUAAAUUUGCACCCGAGAACCAAAAGUUUAAAGACCCCGCCUUCUGGAAGGCGUACACUUUGUCAGAAGGCGCAAGUGACAAGGACGUCAAGUUUAUCGGACAGAACUGGGCGAUCAAGAGGCUUCAGAAACAUUUGCCCGAAUACGAAGACGGCCUAGAGUAAUGCCGAUACUUUCUAGUGGGCCGCCUAUUAAUUUAUCUUUGUAUAUAGUGGAAUAUUCUGAUACAUGACUUCGGUUGAUU